AAAAGAAUGGGGAAGAAACAUUUCCGGGUUUUACCGCUAGGUUUUCUGGGUAUUAUGACUCCUUACCGUGGUUCUCACCAGUAGGCUGUAGUCUGCCAUUAAACCUCAGAAGAACACGGAGAUAUGCGACGUAUGACUCGUCAUGCGUGUGAGGACGGCCCAGUCUUGGAGGAACAGGAGACCGAGGGACAGAGACAGCUCCACAGUCUCCUCCUACAGCAGUUAGACACAGACGUCAACAUAGACAGAUGUGUUGCAAAGAGGAAGUGUUUUGCCCCUGCUGCGCUGUACAAGCCAUUUGGGGAGCAGGCUGCCGGGGUGAGGAGUCUAUCCCAGUUCCAGGCUCUACAGGACGGGGAGAGUGAGCUGGCCAGUCUCAGGGAGCUGGGGCUCACAGACCUGGAGGUAGAACUGUGGCUCAACAGAGACCAGCCAGAGAACACUGAGAAGGGUCAUGGGGUGUGUGUGGCCCCCGGGGUGCGGCAGCAGCGUCUUCUGGUGAUCCAGGACAAGAUGGAUGCCAGGUCAGAGCUCAUUUCCCGCCCACAGCGCUUCUCUGCCAGCCUACCCCUGUCCCGCAGAGAGAUGGAGAUAGAGAAGGCCCUGUUCCAGGGAAAUGACCGCCAGGGCUUCCUCACUGCACUCUAUCAUCAAGAGGAAGAUACCCAAGCUGACCAGCAGGGGGCAUCUUCCUCAAACCCCCUGGACUCCCUGUACAGAGAUGUCCUAAGUGAUAGACGAAAACACACGUCUGUGUCUGUAUCAGAGGACUCUGAGCUGAAAACCACAGGACACUCAUCUCUACCUCAGCCUGAACCACAAACUGACUUUGAGAAAUCACAGAGCUCAUGGAAAAGCACUGACCAAUCACAAGUCCAGCUUGACUGUAGAUCUGCUCCAUUGAGAAGUGGGAUCAAGGACUCUGACCAAUCAACUACAAUGGACACUUCUGGCCAAUCACAAGAUCAGGACAGAUCUGUACACAAGCAAUUGUCAGCUCCAAAGAAGAUAAAUGUGAGCCAGCCAAUUGGGAGUCUGUGUAGUGUGGCAAAGGCUGGGCCUGGAGGUCCGGUGAUGGUGCGGGGCGAGGUAGAGGAGGUUCCAGAGGAAGAGAUUCAGCAGAACCGGGAAACAGAGGAAGGGAUCCGGAGCAUACCACGGUUCCACAACUACCAGCCAGGGAAACCAUCAAAGGUGCUGUGUGUGAAAAACCUGAGUGCCCGUGCCUCUGUGGCCCAGCUGGUGGCGCUAUUCUCCAGGUUUGAUUGUGACAUCACCCAGCCUGUUGUCUACCGCCUACUCACUGGCAGACUGAAGGGACACGCCUUCAUCACACUAUCAGACACCGAAACGUCCCAGAGAGCCUUGGAGAUGGUGAACGGGUACCGGUUGCUAGGGAAACCUUUGGUGAUCGAGUUUGGCCUAGAGCGGAGGGAUGAGAAGAAACCAAAAACGGAACGGGAAGAGGAGAAAACGAGAGAAUGUAGUGUACCAUCUCUACCUAACCCCAGUACUACAGACACUAAAUACUACGACAGGACUUCAACACACAAAUAAGAGAGAGAAACAGACCGACCACAUACAUAUGUGGUCAAAGGAGGAGAGUGACUCUUCAAUGACUGAGGUUUGACAUUUCUGCUCCUUGUACCAUUUGUUGUGUGAAGGUCGAUAAACGUGGAUAAAUUUGUAUUUUUGUCCUGGA